UUUCGUAGGUCGCAGUUCUAGCAGCAGGCAUAUCGUCAAAUGAAACGGAUUUGACUGAUAGCUGGUCUCUUGACACGGUCAAAUUUGUGUCACGAUGGCUGAUGACGGUAAACCUAUCCACGAGUUAAGGUUUGACGCCGCAGUCAAAGUGAUACAGAGUUUACCUCCGAACGGUUCUUUUCAACCGUCCAAUGAAAUGAUGCUGAAGUUUUACAGUUACUACAAGCAAGCCACACAAGGCCCCUGUAGUAUCCCUCGGCCAGGUUUUUGGGACCCUGUAGGCAAAGUCAAAUGGGAUGCAUGGAAUGCACUGGGAAACAUGCCUAAAGAAGAGGCAAUGACUGCAUAUGUUGAUGAACUGAAGCUGAUUCUUGAAAGUAUGCCAGUGACAGAUGAAGUAGAGGAGCUCCUUCGGGUCCUGGGGCCAUUCUAUGAGCUAGUGGAUGAGAAGAAGAAAAUCACACAGGUUUCAGAUUUAACAACAGGUUUUGGGAGUGUGAUGAACGCAACUUCGAAAAGUGUCACGAAAAGCAUUAUCAGGAAUAUGACUAUGAAUGGAACCUUAGAAAGCCAUCCCAAUAAAGUGGAGUCUUCACAACAUAAAAUCAAAGAACAGGAGGAUGAAGGUGAGGAUGAGGAUGACGAAGAAGAUGAUGACGAUGAUGACGACGACGACGAUGAUGACGAAGAAGAGGAAGAGGAACAGGUAGAGAGUAAAGAAGUGAGAAAAGUACUGCAACCCAAGAAAACAGUCAUGGAUGGAAAACCUAAAGAGCCAGUGUAUAAUGGCAGUGUUGGGCACAGUGUUUCUUCCCUGACCAAUGGAGCACAUGCCUCUAAAUCUUUCUUGAAUGGCAUGAACUCUGGAGAAGUGCCUCAAAGCACAACUAUGCCUGAGGAGAUCCAAGAGCUAAAUGGUCAUAUCAGCGAUUACAAAGAUGUAUCCAGUGCACAGCAUGUAGCCAGUGACUCAGACAGUGAAGUGUACUGUGACUCUGUGGACCAGUUUGGCCUGGAGGAGGGCUCUGAGGUGCAUGUAAACCACACCCUUGAUGUGGGUGAAGAGAACUGCAGUGCAUUGUCUUCUGUGGAGGAACGUGGUCUACAGGCAAAGGACUUUGACAAUCCUCUGAGAAGUCAGGAGGGUGUUCAGCAUGGAGGAGAGGAUGGGAAGAUGAGUGGCAGUACAUCGCAGAGACAAAGGCUCAACACAGAUAGAUCUGACAGUUCCCUGGUCAGGAGAGGAAGAGGUUCCAGGUCCGCAACCUCUGGAUCAGGGGCCCUGGAGCCUUUGCAGGGCAGUGGAGGUGAUGGAGAACGCUGGGGAUCAGAGAGAGCAGCAGCGGGGAACCUCAACGAGCAGAUUGUUUUGGCCCUGACUAGACUGCAAGAGGACAUGCAGAGUGUGCUAGAGAGGCUACACACGCUAGAGGCUCUAACAGCCUCUCAGGCAAAGUCACUUGCCCUGCCAUCAAAUUACCUAACAUCUGCAACAAAUAAGACAAAAAAGAAGCCAUCAUGGUGGCCUUUUGAUGUGUCCCCUGGCACUGUGGCCUUCGCUGUGAUUUGGCCAUUUGUAGUGCAGUGGCUUAUUUGGCUAUAUGUUCAACGCAAGAGAAGAAAAGUCAACUGAAAUACCAUUUGAAAAACCUGGCUACUAAAGACAAAGCGGAAUACCACUUCAUUUGGAAAUGGGAAAAGGUUCCUCUCUGCUUGUGCCCUUUUCUCUCUAAAUCUUGCUUUUGCACUACAUAGAUGGCACUAAGAAUAGUGAGCGGCAGCCUAUGAAUUCAGUCCUUCACAGACAGAUUAGUGAAUGUAUGAAAUUGCAUCUUAAAAUCAUGUAAGACUUUUAUACUUUUUUAAUAACGGUAGAUACAUCAGAGAGAUAUAACAACAUUUGGCUUGAGUAUUGGAUGGAAAUAUCAUAGAGCAUUUACUAACUUCCAAUAUUUUGAAUUAUUUUGGGUUUUUCCACACUGAAAUCCAAAGGGGCAUUAAGAUAAUACUGAUGUCAUUUGUCCGGCAUACAGAUAUAAUGGCUACUUUGCUACCAUUAACAGACUUCAUCAUGAGAUGUAACUAGCUGCUUACUUAUUGUAAUUAAACUUACAGUAAGCUGAAGGAUCAUUUUAGAAUACUACAUUUAAUUUAGGUAUUACUAUUGUUCAAAUGGGGCAAACGUAGUCGGUUUUCAGCCUUUAAUUCAUUGUGGUUAGGGUUUAUGUAGAGUGUUUUCUGGAAGUUUCAUUGAGUUCGUGGUUCGUUUCGUGAUAAGCGUUAUUUAGUGUGACAAGGUUACCAAAUGUUGUUAUCUAAUUUGAAGAUUCGUCCCAUAGUCAUAAAAUCUGUGUUGAUAAGAGAUCACUUGACCCACAAGUUGAAGGGUUAUUCUGCAAUGAAGAGCAUUUUACUCUGAAAGGGUAAAUCAGGUCCUGUAAACUGCAACAGUUGACCAAAUACUGAUACAAAUGAAGGUUAUUAGAGGAGCAUCAUAAGAAUAACACUUGACGAUGUCUCAAAUUCACAAUAAACAAUAUCGCACUUUAUACAUGAAAAAAUUAAAUGACUGUAUGAAAACCAUACUGUGUAGAAAUUGUAGUUGGGAUAUAAUGUACCCAUAUGAAUAAUGUCUAUAUCUCUCAUAAUUUACAAUCAUCAUAAUUUAUUCAGAGGAAGCAGUGAAAGGCUUUGCAAUGGCGAUUUUAGGUAAAACAGAAAGAUGUUUGAUGAAUAUCAAGGUAAAUUGGAUGUUAAACUGUAAAAUGGU